AUGAGAAAAGCAGAAGUUAAUGCUUAUAAGUAUGAUUUGGAGAAGUUUCCUAAACUUUCCAACGCUAAAUUAAAAGAGGGAGUAUUUGACGGUCCGCAAAUUAGCGCUCUGCUAAACGAUGAUGAAUUUGAGCGAAGAAUGACUAGUGAUAAAAAAGAAUCAUGGCAAAGCUUUAGAUACUCAUCCCGAAUUUCGGGACGACGAAACACUUGUUUGAAUUACCUUUUUAAUAAAGGACUAGCUUGGCUCCUGGCUUUUUGGACCGUGGCGGGAGCAGCAGCAUUUUACGCAACAGAAGGUCCUCGGGAAAGAGAACAGGUCUUAAAAGUGAAAAACAUGCAGCAUGACCUUGCGGUUGUCUUAGCUACAGAAUUACGGCAGUUGAAAGCAGAGGAAGGCGAAAUGGAACCACUGUGGAGCAACAAAGUCAAGCAAUAUGUAGUCAAACACGAAAAACUACUUUUAAUGGCUGUGGGAACCGGUUAUGGCAAUGGUGGUCAGAGUGGUCAACUCUGGAACUUUUCUGGCUGUGUAUUAUUUUCCGUAUCUCUACUCACUACUCUAGGUUUUGGAGCACCGGUGCCACGUACGACCCCAGGUCGAACAGUAGCUGUUGGUUUUGCAGCUAUUGGUAUUCCAGCACACUUUCUCCUAGUCCUAAAUGUCGGUCUCCUUUUGGCAGUACGUCUACAAUGGUACGCCAUUACAAGAAAAAAUAAACACAAAGACAUGGAAAUGAUGAACUCAUUACCUGUUCCAAAAUGGGUCAAGGCUGUACCUUUUUACUGUAUAGCCUCCUAUUACCUAAUGGGAAUAAUGUGCUUUGGUCUAGCAAGAUUGAGACCAGUCGCUGCCAGCAUCCUAUUCCCUCUGGAUUUUACGGCUGCUGGUGGAUUAGCUACAACUUCCGGACACAUUAGAAUAUUUUACGCUCUUUACCUCGAGGGAGCUGUCAUGAUUGCGGCGGCAGCAGUAGCUAUAUUGCAAGUUUCAGCCACACAAAGCUUUAUCAAUAUAGGAUUCAAAUAUGGCCUGCUAACUCAUGUAUAGGAUAUUUGAAAUGUAUUUUUUACUUGAAUAUGUUUGCGACAGUUGGGAAAAAUACGCAAUCAAGUGCAAUAAUAAAUGCACUGCGAAAGAUCUUAAAAAGACUUCUGCAAGAUUUCUCGUUAAAAGAAUGUACAAAGACCAAUAUAAACAAUGAAUGUCAAGACGAUUGCCAUCAAUACAUUAAAGUUACUGGCGAAAGUAAAUUUUUCUAAACAGA